GGAUCCACAACGCCAAUACAACUGUUCGCGUACCUUCAGUCUUUGCAGUACACCGCGACGGCUGGCCAACGGCAAUGACUUAAAACACAUCGUGCACUCGAUUAAAAAUAUCACGAUUCUCGUUGUGUAACUGUAUCGUAUUGAAAAAACGUCAACAUGAUGCCGACGGCGCAGAUCACCAAGCCCAAGGUGGAAAAGCGCAAACAGACCAGUGUCAAGUCCAUUGCGGAUGUCGAGGAUGUGGUGGCCACGAAGAAAACGUCCAACCGACACCGGCACUUCACGCUAGUCAAGGACAGUAACGUAGCCACCAUUCUGGCGCACUCGAUCCGGGACAUCUACAAAAUGUUUAUCGUAAUUAUUUUAUGUUUGUUAAGUGUGUCUAAUUUUACAACUUGUCUAGUUACCUCUUGUGAUACGGUACCUUUAGUAUUUUAUGAACAUAAAAAUUACUGCGGAGAAUCGUCAAUGAUGACUGUAAGUUUUGGAUCGCCAGAAGGAAGCGCAUGUGGUAGUUGUUAUAAUUAUAAUGAAAUAGCGCAUUUGAUAAAAUAUCGAAAACCCGGAUCUAUAGAAUUACCACCUGAGUAUUAUAUACGGUUAUAUGAAAAUAACAAUUGUCAUGGCGAUCAUUUGACAUUUUGUGGUGAUCAUUGUGCUUGUAAUAGCGCACACAUAGAUUUAAAUGACGAGAAUAGUCGUUGUUUUGUGUCUAAUACAGUUUCAAACUUUUGUCCAGGAGAUACAAGCUGUCGUGGAUGGUAUAAUUGUUUAGUGCAAAAUAAUUGCUGGGGAAAUCAACCAGGUAUAUAUUCCUUUUCAGUACAUAAAAAACCAGAAAGUAUAAGAAGUGAUGAUAGGUUGUCAAUUGCUUAUCCAAAUAACUUUUUCGGAGUAUAUAUAGAUACAUUAGAAUGCGAUACGUUCGGAGGAGAUUCAUUUUGUACUAUAGACAUAUAUGAGGAUGAUGAUGAAGAUAACGGUGAUGAUAAAAAACGUGAUAUAAAUCCAUGGAAACCUGAAUACAACUUUUGGCAAUCGUGGAUAUUUUAUAUGUCUCCAAAUUUACAAACCGGCUUAAUGGCAACUUUUGACAAAUUGGUUCUCGAAUGUAAAACUAAUCAAUAUUUAAUAGAUUGGUCAUUUUUAGAAAUUAAUGGAAAAAUAGCAGGUAUAACCAAGAUGUUUUCCGGACAAUACCAAUAUGAGAAUGUAUUAUAUUCGAUAAUGGUGCAAGUACUGAAAAAAAGUACGUCAGCAGUAUCUGAGAUAGAAAAAACCUCAUAUACCAAUUUUUAUUCGAAAUUGCGUAGUUAUGCACAUGCAGUUAUCAAAUAUAGAAAACAAGGUAUACAUCGGGCAGGACUGAAUGCGGAUAGACGACAUAUUCAAGUAUUAGCAUUUUGGGAAUUGUUAGAAUUUAUUUUAGACUAUGGAAUACAAUUCUUAUCUGAUGGUCAAAUAACAUUAGAUAUAAAUGAAUUUGCUGAAAAAAUGAAUAAAUGUAACUUAUUCUCUAGAAUUAAUCCUGGUGCUGAUCCUGUAAUUACACUUUUAAGAAUAUCAGAACAAUGCGCAUAAUAUACAAUUAUUAUUUACAUGAAAUAAAGUAAAAAAUAAAAUUGUUAAAAUUAUUAGUAUUUCAUUAUACGCUUAACGAGUAUUGAAUAAAAAAUAAUUUAAUUAUUAAAUUCUGAAAACAAAUCAUGCAGUAAGAUUUAUAAAUUAUAAAUACAGUGUUUUAUGAUAUGUAAGUAUAUAUAAGUCAUUACUAAUAUUCUAUAAACAACAUUUAAUUAAAAAAUUUAAAUCGUUAUGUGCAGCGUUUCAGAUACUAAAAUAUUAUUUUUACUGAUAAUUAUUGUCUAAACACUAUAUACUGUUUUCCUGUUCGUUAUAUAUUGGAGUAUGAGUCUAUCGUAUGGUGCCUAUUCUCAUCGUGUUAUAUAUAUUGAAAAAAUCAAAAGGGCACAAAGAAGAUUUUUGUGCUUCAUUUAUUUAAAAAAAAUAUUAAAUAAUGAAAACUUUUAUAAUAUAAUUUAUAUUCAAAAUAUCAAUCUAUUAUCUACUCGUAAAAAAGCUGACAUACCUAUCCUUCCUCUCUAAAUUAAUUAGUAGCAAAAUUACAUGUUCCUCUCGGCUCGCUCUUAUAGAACGUAUUUCUUUCAACAUUCCACAAUAAUAUAUUACUCUUGAAGUCUUGAACAUGUUCUACUUAUUAUAUCAAAAUCCACCAUACUAAUUAUGGGUAUAAUAAUCCCUAAGAAAGAAUUUUGAAAAUCUGGACUUGAUUUUGUCAUUUGUAAGUAUUUACCUAUAUUAUAAGUUAACCGGCUUCGUAAUUUUAUACAAUGAACGCCGCUUAUAAGACUCGCUUUGAGACCAGCACAAAAUAAACAAAAAUUUUAAUUACAUAUUUAUGAAUUUUAUUUUACUAUAUAUUUUGCUUUUAUUUUAAUUUACUUAAAUACAUAUUACACAUAUUACUUAUAAGUGUAAAAAUGAAAAAAUGAUUAAAAAAUGAAAAUUAUAUUAUUAUAAAAAUUAUUACAUAAUAAUAUUAAUAAAAACUUACAAAAUAUUAUGUAUGUACACACUAAUAUUAUUAUUUAUGAAAACAAUUUGUAAUUUUGGUAUGUUUUAUCAUGUUAUUUGUUGUACAUACACACAUUAUACAGCACGAAUCGAAAUCGAAACCAGUAAAAACAAACAAAAAUAAUGUUAUUUCUAAAUUUUAACCAAAUAUGUUUAUUUUCUACCAUUUUUUUUUUAUGAAAUUUGAGUUAUAAACGGAGUGGUGAAUCUGUGAAUCAUAUUGCCGAAUCUUUUAUAGUGUAUUUAAAAAUUAGACCGUUCAAGACGAUAUUGAGUCUAAUAUGCGACUGAACCUUAUAUCCGUACGGAUCACGUGAGUCUUAUUUAAGCAGCGUCAACUGUAUAUAUUUAAAGUUUAAUUGUAUUUUAGAUAAUCCUAUAUUGAAUGCUGUUAUUAUAGUAUAAAAUAAUGUUAUAUUUUAUUGUAAUUGUUUAUGUUAUUAUUUUAUAUAUAUGUAUAUAAUUCUGUACUUAGCCAACUUUGACGUUUAUCUCAAUAAAUACAAUAAAUAAAUAAAAAUAAUAGUGUACAGCUGAUAUAAUAAUGUAUAUUCGUGAUUAGUAAAUAUCAAGUUUUAUUAUUGGUUAAUUACUUUUGAACGAAAUAUAUUAAAUAUAACAUUAUACGUAAGUAAUUAUUAAAAUAGUAAUAAAUUACCAACUAAUUUUAAUUGAUAGACGGGUUAAUUUUUUCAGAGUGAUGAUAUCUGUAUUUUAUAAAUUAUGAUUUUUAAUGUUUAGACAAUUUCAUGUUAAUGUUUUUCCAUAACAAAUUAAUUAAUCUAUUAUAGUAUACCAAUAAUAUCCAACUUACUUAAUAUUCAUCUUUAUAAAAGCAAUUUAUUAUUACCAACUGGUUCCGAUAUGAAUAUAAUGUGUUUAAAACUUAAUGUUGUAUGUAACAUUGUAACAUACUAAUUAUAUAACGCUUGUAAUAUUACUGAAAUUAUUUGUGUGAAAUUAUUAUGUGAUUUAUUUAUAAAAAACUCCUUAUUUGUCUUUAUAUAAAAAUGUAAUAAUAUGUACCUAAAACAAUAAUAAUUAUUUGUAAUCUAAAAUAAUCCUAGGCCUCCACACGAGUUUUUCUCAGUGAGGCCCAGUAAUCUUUCGAUAUUAAAAUAAAUAAAAAUAAAAAUAAAUAAAACUGUACUUCCACCUCAUUUUUCCCCAGAGCCUUGUCAUUGGCGAUCCAUAUAACGGAUUAUGUUGAUUUUUUUUUCUAUAUCACGUAAUGAUCGUAAUGUAUUCAGACAGAAUGUGUAUAUUGCUUUAAAUUUAAUUGUUUAAAUUGAUGGUCCGAUUUAUUAGUAAUUUUCUUAUUAUUCUGCUCACUGUUGUUAUAUUAUAAGUUUUACUAAUUUACUACUAUUAUAGACUAUAGUAUUAUGUUAUUCUGCUGUUAUUAUUGUCACACUUUUUUAUACAUCUUAUAAUUCUUGUUAUUCAUAUAAUAUAAAUAUAAACUAUCAAAUUAUUCA